GUUUAGGGAUGAGCUAGAGGGACUGAUCCAGGAACAAAUGAACAAGGGGAACAACCCCACAGGACUGCUCGCUUUGCAGCAGAUCGCAGAGUUCUUCAUGGCCAGCUCCGUAGCCGGCUUCUCCACCUCCCCCCUCAGUUUGGGCAUGGUGACCCCAAUAAACGACAUGUUCAGCAUGGAGUCCAGUACUAUGGUGAAAGGAGAGAAACAGAUCCGCUGCAAACUGGCCAGCCUCUACAGACUAGUGGACCUGUUCAGCUGGGCCCACUUCACAAACUGUUACGUUACAGUUCGUGUCAGUAAGGAGCAGGAUCAUAUCCUCAUCAUCCCCAGAGGACUGUCCUUCGCUGAGGCCUCUGCGUACAAUCUGGUGAAGGUGAAUAUUCUGGGUGACGUAAUCGAUCAGGGCUCCACCAACUUGCAGAUCGACCCGGAUGGCUUCAGCCCUCACGCUGCCAUCUACUCCGUGAGACCUGAUGUGCGCUGCAUCAUUCACAUCCGCACACCGGCCACCGCUGCUGUGUCGUCUAUGAAGUGCGGUCUUCUGGCCAUCUCUCAGGAGGCUCUGAUCCUGGGUGACAUUGCCUAUUACAACUACCAAGGCAGUCUGGACGAGCAAGAGGACCGCAUAGAGCUGCAGAAAGCCCUCGGACCAUCGGCGAAGGUGUUGGUUUUAAGGAAUCAUGGGAUUGUAGCUCUCGGCGAGACCAUUGAGGAGGCCUUUCACUACAUUUACAAUGCUCAGUUGGCCUGUGAAAUACAGGUGAAUGCGUUCUCGUGCGCUGGAGGAGUGGAGAACCUGAUCGUGUUGGAUCUGGAGAAGUACAGAUCUCGGACGCAGGGGGUGGCAGAAGCCGGGGUCAACAUGGGCUCUCAGCACAAGUGGAGGCUGGGAGAGCUGGAGUUCGAGUCGCUCAUGAGAAUGAUGGACAACCUCGGUUACAGGACAGGCUACACGUACCGGCACCCCAUCGUGCGAGAGAAGCCGCGGCACAAGAGUGAAGUGGAGAUUCCUGCGACAGUGACGGCGUUCCUGUUCGACGACGACGACGCUCCACGCUUCCCUCUGAAGUUACUGCAGCAGCGACAGCAGAGAGAGAAAACACGCUGGCUCAAUUCACCCAACUGCUACAUGAAGGUGAACGUGUCGGACGGGGUGAACCAGGAGAACGGACGCACCAAGACCACGUGGAUGAAGUCUGAUGAGGGGGGAAACACCAGCGGGACUCCGAUCCGCAUUGAAGAUCCCAACCAGUUUGUUCCUCUGAACACGAACCCCAGUGAAGUUCUGGAGAAGAGGAGUAAGAUUCGUGAACAGAACCGGUUUGACAUGAUGACAGCAGGGCCGCAGUCACAGCGGCUGGCAGGGAUUGUGGUGGAAAGACCCCCGCCAUACACAGGCGAUGACGAGGAGCAGACGGGACCGCUUCCUCCAAACCCCUUCAGCGAGCUGAGCGAGAAAGUGCUGGAGGACUACCAGAAACGACUAGAACAACAUCAGCUCGGAGUAGACGAUGAAGAGCAGCUCACGUCAGACGACGCUUCCACACUCUCUCAGUCAGUGUCUCCACAAAACACUCCCGCUAAAGAAGAGAACCACAGCGGCAUGAUGCUGAACGGUAAAGAUGACCACGGCGAUGAGGACGAGCUGAUCAAGCGUGUGAGUCAGCUGACCACCAGCGUGGAGAGCGUCGAGAUCAGCGUGCGCUCCGGAGAGAAGAUCGAAGAGGCUCUGACGCCCGAGAGCUCGCCCUCCAAAUCACCCAACAAGAAGAAGAAGAAGUUCAGAACCCCGUCCUUCCUGAAGAAGAACAAAAAGAAAGAGAAAGUGGAGGCCUAGAGGACGGAGAGCAUCCACACCUGUCGCUUUGUCUGUCUUUGUUUGUCGUUUUACGUUUCUACGUUUGUUUUUAAAAAAAACACGGCACGUUAUUUUGGGAGUCGGUCAAUAGAUGAAGCAACACCCGUUUUUUAAAAGACGUGCCAUGAUUAUGAGUUUUAUACAGGAGGAAAAGCGAGGGAAACUCCUGGGAAACUGGCUUCUCUCACCCAAUAGACUCAAAAUGUUCAGAUUUUAUCUCGUUGAUGAGCCCAUACUGCAUUGUUUUUUUCAUACUGUAUGUUUAAUAGAUUCUCACACAGACCUUUUAUGAGCCCCUUUUCAAUCCGUCAUCUCUCAUGGUGUCAGUUCUGCAGCCUUAAAUCAAAUUGGGCUCAUUUCACAGGAAGCGGUUAAUAUUUCACACUGGAAACCAUUCGAGGGUUAUUUUAACAGGGUUUAUUAAGUUUCUCUUGCGUUGCCCGUGGUCUCUUCCUGUGUCCCUCCAGUCUCCUCUCCGUUCCUUAUCAAAACAUUUAACCAUUCUAAAAAGCAGAGAAGUCACGUUUUAGUGAACACCAACUCUUCAUCUCUUAUGAAAGGUUUUAGCUUCAAUUGAAAUUAUUUAGUUUUUGUCUGUUUAGUUUUGUACUCGUUUCUAUACUAUACUCUUAACAACGAACAAAAAAAAUAAACAACGCAUGUUUUGCUGGUCUGAAUUUCCGUGGCUGAUAAUGUAGCGGUGCCUGACUUCUCAAUCGUGUAAUAGCUCCGAUUACUAAACACGUGUAACAGAAAUAUAUGAAAACUGGAGUGAUGAGAUAAAUAUGUAUAAAAUAUAAUAUUUUUGUGCUGCACUUUUUAAUGUGGUAUGCAACAUAACAACAAAAAAAUCUAUGGAUGAAGAUCUGAAGCGAAAGAGGCGCGAAAGGAAAACAUGAGAAAUGUUUUAGCAUCUUGAAAAAGGGUGGAGAAGGGAAACUUGUUAACGUGUAUGGAAAAAAUAUAUUUUGUAAACUGUAUUUUUAAGAAGAAGAAAAACGCAAAGUACUGGCUCUCAUGGGGUCAACAGUGGGUUCAAAUCUAUUAAAUCGAAGACAUUUAAGGUUCACUCUGGGCCUUUAUAGUGCUCCAUCGUUGAUUAUGUCACCUUGUGGUCAUCCCAUAACCAUCCAAAGCCUCAGUGUUAUUAAAGUUUGCAAAACGCUGUUGGACAGUGUGUUUUUUGCAUCUAAAACUGGAAUGAUUUACUCAUCUUCCCUCCGCCACAUCCAGUUCCCGUGAGGUCAGAGGUUGCUCGGUUUGCCCGUUUUGAAGCGCCCUGUCCCAUGAGAUGACGCUCCGUGGGCAGAAUGUACACCAAAAGCUAAUCUCUUAUGGUUACGAUUAGCAGUUUGACCUCAGUUUGAACUCCCGUUAGGCCUGAAUGUGGUCGUCCCAUUGGGGGAGGAAGAGGAGGAACCACUGAGAGAAAGAGAGAGAGAUAUAUAUAUAUCCCAGUGGGCAAUGUGAAGUACUGGCUUGGGCACGGAGAGAGAGAGAGAGAGACACCUCUAAGCUGUGUAAAGAGCAUGUGCUUUUGAACGCGGGCCAGGCGUUGGAUUAAAACGCAUUUAAAGCUGCACCGAGUGCGAGUUUGAAGCGAGAACUGGGGCAGGCGGGAAGAUUAACUUGUUUUUAUUGCUUUAAAGUUUUCCUUAUUUUGGCUGGAAGCAAAACUUAUAGUGUAGGACGCGUUAACUGGAAUGUGCAUCACAUUCUCUUUUAUGUUUGUUGAUCUUUUACCCCUUUUGACCAUUUUGCACCUUGUUUUACUAAUGCCUCUCUGUUAGUCUGUGGUUCAGAAGGCCUGUUUGCUUUGGCAUGCGAGUUUGAGCCGAGCCUCUUUGUGACCUGUGAAAUCCUAUAUAAAUGGUUAUCUAACGGACUUGCUUUUAGAUGUAUUGCUAAUCAGUGUAAAUUCACAAAUAAACUAUUUUAAGAAGCAAA